UGCAAUUUAUACGAGUUCAGGAAGCAGUAACCGGAUAAAUAAAACAGCAUGACAAUUUUUUUUUGAAUAAUCUCCCUCUGUCAUCUACGCUUCACAUAUGUUUUUGACAACUGGAAGCAUCGUUUGACUUGGCAAGCUGUCUCCAUAGAAACAGCACUUCCUUCCCAAUUGUCCCAGGGUACAGUGCGGCGCAGGAAGCUACUGCUGAUCCUGCAGAGAUGGAUGAGGAAGAGCUGGUGGUUGUGGAGGAGCUAGAGGCAGUGUUACACCUGUCCCCGGAGGUACAGCAAGCCAUCGAGCAGGUAUUUCCCAGUCAGGACCCAUUAGACUGUGCGGAUUUCAAUGCUGUUGAAUAUAUUAAUACUUUGUUUCCAACAGAACAGUCUCUGUCAAACAUUGAUGAUGUUGUUAGCAAAAUUCGUUUAAAAAUAAGGCGCUUGGAUGACAACAUUAGAACUGUGGUACGUGGACAAACAAAUGUUGGACAAGAUGGGAGACAGGCUCUUGAAGAAGCACAAAAAGCCAUACAGCAACUCUUUGGCAAGAUUAAGGACAUCAAGGACAAAGCAGAAAAAUCCGAGCAGAUGGUUAAAGAAAUAACACGUGAUAUCAAGCAGCUGGAUCAUGCUAAGCGUCACUUAACUACCUCAAUAACAACACUAAAUCACCUUCACAUGUUGGCUGGAGGUGUAGAUUCACUGGAGGCCAUGACAAGGAAGAGGCAAUAUGGAGAAGUUGCCAAUCUCUUGCAGGGAGUGGUGAAUGUGUUAGAGCAUUUUCAGAAGUACAUGGGAAUUCCACAGAUAAGACAACUUUCUGAACGGGUUAAAGCUGCACAAACAGAACUGGGUCAACAGAUUUUAGCAGAUUUUGAGGAAGCUUUUCCAUCCCAGGGAACAAAGAGGCCUGGAGGACCAAGCAACGUCCUGCGUGAUGCCUGUCUGGUAGCCAACGUUUUGGAUUCACGUAUUAAGCAGGAGAUCAUAAAGAAAUUUAUCAGGCAGCAUCUUUCAGAAUACUUGGUGCUCUUCCAAGAGAAUCAAGAUGUUGCUUGGCUUGAUAAAAUUGAUCGUCGAUAUGCUUGGAUAAAACGUCAGCUGGUAGAUUAUGAGGAAAAGUAUGGACGUAUGUUUCCAGUGGACUGGUGCAUGACCGAACGCAUUGCUGUUGAGUUUUGCCAUAUCACAAGAAAUGAUCUUUCUAAGAUUAUGAGGACACGAGCCAAAGAGAUUGAGGUAAAGCUGCUGCUGUUUGCCAUUCAGAGAACUACAAAUUUUGAGGGACUUCUAGCAAAACGCUUCUCUGGAAAUACUCUGAGUGACAAUGUUGUGAAAAAGCCUGAUCCACAGCCUCCCGUAUCUACAAAUCCAUUCUUGGAUGAUGACAGCAUGACAGAAGAGUCCGUCCUUGAUAAAGAUAGUGACCUUGACAAACCAAAGAAACCCAAGCUUCCAGAAAACCCUUUUCAUGGCAUUAUUUCUAAAUGCUUUGAGCCACAUCUUUAUGUAUAUAUUGAGUCCCAAGACAAAAACCUGAGUGAAUUAAUUGAUCGAUUUGUUGGAGAUUUUAAAGCUCAAGGUCCACCAAAGUCCACAUCUGAGGAUGCAGGAGCAGUUCUUCCAAGUUGUGCUGACUUGUUUGUCUACUACAAAAAAUGCAUGGUUCAGUGUUCCCAGCUUAGCACUGGGGAGCCAAUGAUUGCACUUUCUACUAUAUUCCAAAAGUACCUGCGGGAAUAUGCUUGGAAGAUCCUUUCUGGAAAUUUGCCCAAAACAUCCAGCAGCAGUAGUGGCCUUACGAUCACCAGUCUUUUGAAAGAAAAGGAAGGCUCAGAAGUGGCAAAAUUCACUCCAGAGGAACUAUGUCUUAUCUGCAGCAUCCUAAGUACAGCAGAGUACUGUCUUGCAACCACACAACAGCUUGACGAGAAGCUGAAAGAAAAGGUGGACCUGACAUUGACUGAAAGAAUUAACCUGACAGGAGAAAUGGACACGUUUAGCACUGUAAUUUCAAACAGUAUCCAGCUGCUUGUCCAAGACCUAGACUCAUCAUGUGAUCCUGCACUCAUUGCAAUGAGCAAGAUGCAGUGGCAGAAUGUGGAACACGUUGGCGAUCAAAGCCCCUAUGUUACUUCGAUCAUUUUUCAUAUAAAGCAGAGUGUUCCCAUUAUCAGAGACAACCUUGCAUCCACAAGAAAAUACUUUACUCAGUUCUGCAUUAAAUUUGCUAAUUCCUUUAUUCCAAAAUUUAUCAAUCACCUAUUUAAGUGCAAGCCUAUCAGUAUGGUCGGAGCUGAGCAGCUGCUCCUCGACACACAUUCACUGAAAACAGUUCUUCUAGAUCUGCCUUCGAUUGGUUCUCAAGUUAUACGUAAAGCUCCAGCAAGUUACACUAAGAUUGUGGUAAAAGGCAUGACACGUGCUGAAAUGAUUCUGAAGGUGGUAAUGGCACCGCAUGAGCCUUCCGUUGUUUUUGUAGAUAAUUACAUUAAACUGCUUGCUGAUUGCACCACUGAAACAUUCCAAAAGAUCCUGGAAAUGAAGGGCCUUAAAAGAAGUGAGCAAAGUGCCAUGCUGGAUCUGUUCCGUCAAAGACUUCCAGCCCCUCCGUCUGGCAGUGAAAACAGCUCUGCGACUCUACUGACCCCUACCCCAGAGCAGGAGUCAUCACGUAUACGCAAGUUGGAAAAGCUUAUAAAGAAGAGACUGUGAGAAUAAAAAAAAGCCUUCUAAAGAUAUGUAGUUAGGUGUUACAAGGAAAUCUGGUGUAAAUUUUGUAUCAGCCCUAAGAUUACAGAGGUACAUCCCUUUUCAAUGAAUAAUGCCAAGUGUCAACAACGUAGAACUCCUGCCAGCUACACUGGAUUUGACUGACUUGUGUGAGGUUGCCUCUGUCUAGACAGAAUGUACCAAGAUUAAUCGUCUAUCCCUCAAGCAUGUAAAAAGCUUUGCGUGGGUGUACAUGGUCACAGAUUUACCCUGCCUAUGUUGCUGUUUGCUUUUGCCUAGGGCUUUGUAUGAAGAUACAUAGUUGUACAUAGUAUCUAUUUAAGCAGACGUUUGUUUUCCUGUGGAGGGACGGUAUAUGGUGUCUAGCCUCUAAAGAGACACACAUAUGCUUUACCAGCAACAAAGAAAUGAAUAUGCGAAUACACACACAUGCAACUGUGGUGGCUACCUCUUUCCCAUCCCACCCACACGCAAAAUCAAUUGAUCAGCAUAAGGAUGAAAAAUAAUACUUGGAUUUUAAAUACCAGGCUUGUACUCGAGAUUUUGUAACCCUCCUUUUUUUAGCAUUGAGACUACACUGCAUUAUCAAACUAUAGAAGAACCAUCUUCAUCUUUAUUUUCAUUAUGGAUUUUCAAUACAUUGCUACUUUUCCUAAUUGUUGGUAUGUCCAGCUUAUAUGUCUUGCUACAGGGAAAUGGAUUUUUGAUUCAUUCUGUACAGAUAAAAGGAAAACAGUCACCAGAUUAUUAUUAUCCAAGGUUUGGCGCACAGGUUUUUUUUUUAUAAUCUAAUCUCUCCAAAAAAUCAACAUGUUUGGGAAGUGGGUGUAUACUUGAUUUGCUUCCUAAUUUACCUAACAAACCAAGAGCAGAGUUUAGUCUCACUCACAUCCUCCCAGCUUGCUCUGUUGGGAAUGAAUUGGGUUGCCAUGUGUCUGACCAGCCCAAUUAAGUAAGACCCAUUAGAGUUUUACCCUGUGUCUAACCUGUAUUGUGGGAUAUAAAAACACAAUCCCAACAGAACCUAUAUGGUUUGGUUUGAAUUUAUAUAAAAUACCUUCAUAUAUAAUAAAACACACAGGUGCAGUAACCCACAGCAACCGACACAAUGUUUUUAAACUGGUGACCAGUCAAUGCUUUCUGCUGAUUGGUUGCUAUAGGUGACAUCACAUGCAGCAAACUUUGCACUUUUAUUAAUAGCCCCCUUAAUGUUUAUCAGCAGAUAACUGUAGUUUUGUGUUCCUUACUGGGUUAUUUUGUUUGUUUGUGUUUAUAAAAUGUGUUUAUGUGGGCAACGGUUAUAUGCACAUUGUCUGUGAUUCUGCUUCUCACUUGUUACUUGCUAUUUAUUGGGGGAAAGUACUGGUGACAAGAAUGUAGAAUAAUGAUCUAACGAAAUCUAUCAAGAAAAAUUUAGAUAAAUCAUUAAAUUCUUUGGUCUGA